GCAAACAGAAGUCUCAUAUCAGAGGCAUACGUCGUAGUAUAAGAUGGCUGCGUUAGCAAUUCAAGCAAUUGAGGCUUACAAUGAGACAAUGUAUAGACCCGAUCCGAGGUCCCUGGCCUACCCACUGAUCGAGUCUCAUGCCUUCAACGUGUGCAGCACACUUCUGUAUCUAUUUAUUGUUAUUUUUGCCGGGCCGCGGUACAUGAAAAAUAGGAAAGCUUUCGAUCUACGAAAAGCUAUAGUUGUUUAUAAUCUUACCAUGGUUGUUGUUUCGGCAUGGAUGGUAUACGAGUUUUUGGCUGCCGGUUGGGCAACUGGCUAUUCAUUAACGUGUCAGAAAGUCGACUACAGUACGUCACCCAAAGGUCUACGAAUGCUCCGUGUUUGCUACGUGUAUUGGUUAUCUAAACACGUCGAGUUUUUAGAUACGUAUUUUUUCAUUGCGCGCAAGAAGACGCAACAGAUUACAUUUCUACAUGUGUUCCACCAUACGAUAAUGGCAUACACAUGGUGGUACGGAGUUAAGUUCGCUGCAGGUGGCCUUGGGACAUUUCAUGCUCCUUUGAAUUCCUUUGUUCAUGUCAUCAUGUAUUUCUAUUAUGGAAUGGCUGCAUUGGGUCCGACAUACAGAAAAUAUAUUUGGUGGAAGAAAUACGUAACUGCUAUUCAAUUGAUUCAGUUUGUGAUUAUCUUUACUCACAUUAUGAACAUUCUGCUGUUCCAAAACUGCGAGUAUCCGCCAAUCUUGAAGUAUAUCGUUCUUGCUUAUUGCUGCUCUUUUUUCGUUUUGUUCACGAACUUUUGGAUACAAAACUACAGUAAGAAGUCUACGAAGAACUUACCAUCAGACAAAGAACAACAACGAGUCAAAGCAGAAUAAAUGAGA